AUGUCCAACUCCGAAAGAAAUGCCACUGUUGUGGAAGACAGAAUUGUUGGAGAUGCCUUAUUUGACAUGCAGAACCCCAUUAUAUUAGUAAUUGUUAUAUGUGCUUUAUUGUCCUUCGUGUGUUUUAUUAUGUACAUCUGCAUAAGAAACCGCCACAGAAAAAACAAGUCCAAACAAAAUAAUGAAAACAGCGACAAUGACUCCUUAAGAACAAUCCAAUUUCUAACCCGAAUAGCUGCCCGAGACGAGGGGAGAGAAUCCGUAGAAAUGAUGGAGAUGAAAGGACUUCUCAAGUACCCCAACCUCCACCCUUAUAUGCCAGAGCCAGAGAACAGAUAG